UUAUCUCUACGCUGCUCAAGCCUCAGGAGCUCCUUCCCUCGAUAACACCAGUGUGGAAGAGGAAAAUGGUCGGAUUAGGAGAGGGAAGAGGAGGGAUGGGGUUGGUCAAGAUUUUACUCUUUCUUCUGGCAUCCACAUCAAUGGGUUCAAUAAGAACAGAAAGUAGAUCAACAAACACAACUUUUCCUCUGCCUUUUUUCUGCCCAAAAAGUUGUGGGAGUAUAAGCUUCGAGUAUCCUUUCGGCAUCGGCGAUGGUUGUUUUCGGCCGGGCUUUAAUCUUACCUGCAGAAACCAUUCCACCAGCGCUCCCGGGCUUUUCCUGGGUGAUGGCACCAUCGAGGUAACCAGAAUUGAAAUGAAUCAGGGGUUGGUAUAUAUCAAACCACCAACUAUCAUCAUGGGUGUCCACGAUGAGUUUAAACGCGCCUCACUGAUUGAUCUGGAUAAUUGGCCUUACUCCUUUGAGUUAAAGGAACAGAUGACACGUAAUUCUUAUCAAGAAUUGACAUCUAACAGAGUUUACGUUGUAGGUUGUAGCGCUAUCGCCCGUCUAGUGGAUCUUACUACCAAUAAAACCAUUAGCAAUUGUUUUAGUAUUUGCAUUGCCAGUGAGCCGAGUCAAUAUUCAGAGCCGUACGACAUUGACAGUAGAUAUUGCACAUUGGAUCUAUCUUCUAUGAAUGCAGCUGCCUUGGAGAUUCAGCUAACUCGACUCAAUCUAAUCGAGUUACACUUGGUGAAUACCUCCAACAUCAAGGUCAUCAUGUUCGAUGAUGGUGAUGAUGAUGUUCUCCAAGGAGUAUUAAAGGGAAGGAGAACGAAUGCGGAGGCCACCUUGGCGUGGUACAUGAAUGAUCACCUCUCAUGCGAAGAGGCCAAGAAUACGGAUACAUACGCUUGCGUCAGUCAAAAUAGUCUUUGCCAGGGUGUCUUUUUUGAUUCGAGCUACGUUAAUAAUAGUGUUGGAUAUUUGUGUCGAUGUUCCACAGGUUAUCAAGUCAAUCCCUAUGUACCUAAUGGCUGUCAAGCUACAUCUUUUACACGUUCUCCUGCAAAUGACUGUGCAACAAAAUGUGGGAGUGUCAACAUUUUGUUUCCGUUCGGGCUGAAACAAGGCUGUUACAGAGGCAAGUCAUUUGCUCUGACAUGCAACGAGACGUCCAGUCCUCCCGUUCUCCUAUUCAAUUCCCAUUACAAAGUGAGCACUAUAUUGCUGGAGGAAGGGCAAUUGAAAUUGGAACGGGUUAACGAAUACGAUUAUACCUUCGAGAGCGAGAGAACAAGACUGUUCGCCUGUUUUGAAGAGCAGACCAUCGUUAGUUGGGUAAUUGCUUCCCAGUUUUGCGAGGAUGCUCGAAAGAACAUGACCACCUUCGCAUGUGUCGAUGCUCACAGCUCAUGUUUCGAUACAACAACUACUAACAAUGUCCAGGAUGUUUCGGGAUAUUAUUGCAAAUGCUCACGAGGUUAUCAGGGAAACCCUUACCUUGGUAAUGGAUGCAAAGAUAUCAAUGAGUGCAACUCAACCGAGAAACCUCUUUGCCAUGGGAUUUGUAUUAAUACGGAUGGUGGAUAUAGUUGCACUUGUGCAGCGGGCACGUAUGGUGAUCCUAAACUUGCACCCUGCAUUCCUACCAACAAAAAGCAGACUCUUUUGUUAGGUGUCAUCAUUGGUGCAAGCAACGGCAUAGGCCUAUUACUCUUAUGUUCGAGUCUCCUCAUCCUGAGAAGGAAAUGGAAAAAAAGAAAACUAGAGAAAACUAGAGAAAAAUACUUCCAUCAGAACCAUGGUUUACUAUUACAACAAUUAAUCUCGUCUACUGAAGAUAUUAGUGAGAAAACAAAGAUAUUUUCUCUGGAAGAGAUGGAGAAGGCAACUAAUAAUUUUGAUGAGACUCGAGUGCUCGGCUGCGGCGGACAUGGAACGGUUUACAAAGAAAUUUUGUCAGAUCAACGUGUAGUCGCCGUAAAAAAAUCUAAAUAUUUGAAACAGAGUGAAAUAAACCAAUUCAUCAAUGAGGUUGCAGUUCUUUCUCAGAUUAAUCACAGGAAUAUAGUUAAGCUUUUCGGGUGUUACUUGGAAACUGAAGUUCCCUUAUUGAUCUAUGAGUUUAUCUCGAAUGGGACUCUUUUAGAUCAUCUCCAUAUUCCAAAUUGUAACUCUAUAUUAUCAUGGGAUGAUCGCCUGAGAAUUGCUGUUGAGGCUGUUGGAGCACUCGCUUAUUUACACUCGGCUGCUUCAAUUUCGAUAUUUCAUAGAGAUGUCAAAUCAUCAAAUGUGCUCUUAGAUGAUCAUUUAACUGUAAAAAUAUCAGAUUUUGGAUCUUCAAGAUUUAUUCCACUCGACCAAACUCAUUUAGUGACUGGUGUACAAGGCACCUUUGGAUACCUUGACCCGGAGUACUAUCAUACCAGUCAAUUGACAGAGAAGAGCGAUGUUUAUAGCUUCGGAGUCAUUCUUCUAGAGCUUUUAACAGGUAAAAAGCCAAUUUUCUCCACCGAAUGUGAGGACAGACUAAAUCUAUCUAUGCAUUUUCUUCAAACGGUGAGAGAAAAUCAUCGCUUUGAUCUUAUAGAUGAUCUUGUUAUAAAAGAAGCAACCGAAGAAGAGCUCAUCGACAUGAUUGGAUUGGUAGAAAUGUGUUUAAGAUUGAAAGGGGCUAAACGACCUACGAUUAAAGAGGUGGAGUAUAAAUUACAGAACUUGAGAAGGAUUAGACAGAAAAAAAAAGGAUAUUGUUUGGUGAAAGAUGACAAAGAAACCGAGCAUCCGCCGAGAGAUUCACCUUAUGCCUUCUCUGAAGUCGUCGACCGAGCAAAUCAAGAUACAUCCAGGAAUUAUACCUUAGAGAAAGAAUUUAUGUGGUCGCACCAUUACCCACGGUGAGUUUGUAUUCGAUGUCCACAUCUUUAUUGACUGCUUGAAUGCUACUGAAUAAGCUUCCUUCUGCUUGAGGAUCGUAUUUAAUGGUUAUAUGGGUAAUGUUAUGUUCCAAACUUGUUCCUAAAACAGUUUCCAUCUUAUGGCUCUAUCACAUAUACGAUCGAGUUGGUGGGAAUGGCAUGUAGAAUUAGUAGGUAUGUGUCUGU